AUGAAUUAGAAACAAUGUUAUUUCAAUAGUACUGGACAAUCCUGUUAUUGGACUGGAACAGAGUGUAUUACUAAAUCUUGUGAAAAUGCUCCAAUAGAAACAGCUACAGCUGAACAAUGCAAUAACUAUUUAUAUGGAUGUACAAUAGAUGUUAUAAAAUGCAAAAUUAAAAUCUGCGAAGAUUAUGUUUUAACAACUGAUGAACAAUGUAGUUAUGCGUUAUCUACAUGUACUACAAAUGGUGUUAAUUGUGUUACCAGAGGAACAUGUGUUUAAGCUUAAAAUAAAGCUGGAUGUGUUGUAUCUUCUACUGGAUAAUCUUGUGAAUGGAUACCUGAUGUCGUAAAUUCUCAAAAUGUUGUAACUACUGCAGCAUAUUGUACAAUUAAAACUUGUAAUACUGCCCCAAUUAGUUUAUAAACAGAUGCAGAUUGUGGAAAGUAUUUUACAAAUUGUACAACAAAAAGUGGAGGUGGGUGUGUUACCUAAAUCAAGUUGUUCUGCUGCCUCUGUAAAUGCUGCUUGUAUAACUGCAUUAAACGGUACAAUAUGUGUAUGGGAUAAUACAUUAAAUAAAUGUAGAGAUAAAGAUUGUUAAGAUUUUAUAGGAACAACUCACACCAUUUGUUAAACUUAAAGAUAAGAAUGUACUGCUGGACCAAAUGGUAGAUGUGCUAGAAAGCUUGUAUUGAAGGCACAAAUGGACCAUGUUUAUGGAUUGAAAAGUUUGUCAAUAGUGAUGGUUCAAAAGGAGCUUGUUUUGCAUAUACAUCAUGCAAGAGUUUAGCUUGGAAUAGUGAUGAAUCUUGUAAAUUGAUAAGCAAUAAAUGUACAACUAAUGGAACUAAUUGCAUUGGAAUUACUACAUGUACUGAGACAAAUAUUGAUGGUGGAUGUGUUACAGGGUAUGAUGGAUCUUGCAUUUAAUCUGUACCUGCUUUGAAUUCUUCUGAUCCUAAGAUUUGUAAACCAUUUAAAUCAUGUGCAGAUGCCUAUUAUGCAACUCAUAAAGAUUGUUAAAUUGCUAAUAAAAAAUGUACAACAGAUGGAACUACGGGUUGCAUUCCUUUAGGAGCAUGUUCAACAUAUAAAUCUUAACUGCAGGAUGUUAGGUAAAUGAUAAAGGAUCUGUAGUUUAAUCUGGUGUUAUAACUUCAACAGGUGUUUGUAUUUGGGAUUUGA